CAAGAGACAUCUAUUCUUUUGGUGUAAUUAUGUGGGAAAUCUUAACGGGUGAAGAAGCUUUCAAUGAUUACGAAUUUAAUACUAAGCUAGCAAUAAAGAUUUGUAGGGGAUUGCGACCGGAAUUCGCACCCGGGGAUCCAGAAUGUUACGUUGAAUUGGCUAAGAAGUGUAUGGACUCUGAUCCAAAAAAAAGACCUGCUGCUACAUAUGUUAAUGCAGAAAGAAGCAAGUUUCAAGAACUUGCGAAUGAAAGUAAUGAAACAAUAAUUAAAAAGCAAUUCUUAGAAGCUGAUGAGCAAUCCUUAGAAGCCGAUAAGCGAUCCUUAGAGGGUGAUAAGAUGGUUAAAAAAUUAUCAAGUAUCGUACAAAAAUCUCAAGACCAUAAUAAGUACACUUCAAAGCUCAUUAACACGCAAGAUAUCACGAAAGCAUUUUCGAAAAUGGCCAUUGUCAGCGCUCCGAUCGAUAAUGUGGAAAUUCCGAUAGAGUGA